AUGCCUAAUGCUGAGAAUGUGGCAGCAAAUGGAAAUGGUGGCCGUACGAUGCACGGAUUGGUCGAGCAAUUCCUGAAGCUCCAACCCCCGAAGUUUAUCGGAACUGGAGAUCCCGAAGAAGCGGAAUCCUGGAUCGAUGAACUCCAGAAGGCAUUUGAGCUUUUGAGAUGUUCUGAGGAAGAGAAAGUUACCUUAGCAGCCUAUCAACUGCAAGGUAAUGCCAGCUAUUGGUGGAAAGCGACCAAGGAAAUCGUGUUCCCAGAAAAUGCUGCUGUCAACUGGAAUGCUUUCAACAACAUGACGGUGGACCAGUACAAAGCAAGGUUCGCUCAACUGUCGAGGUACGCCCUUAAACUUAUUGAAGAUCCAGUGGAAAGGGCAAAAAGAUUCCGAGACGGUUUGAACCCAGACAUCCGGAGACAGUUGGUGCCGCUGAACCUCAAGGAUUACAACGAGCUGUAUGAACGAGCGCAGCUGGUGGAGAAAGAGUCCUUGGAACGAGCUACCACGGCGACUAACCAAGGAAAGCCGUAUCAUCCGACUUCUCAAUCCAAUCAGCAUCAUGACAAGAGACCGAUGUCGGGAGAAAAUCGUUUCUCCACUCCCAACAAGAAGAUAAAAAAUCAGAAGCCAAUUUCCACUGCAGGCGAUGCAUGCCGUACUUGUGGAAGGUUUCAUGGAAAUGCUCCGUGUCCAAAACAAACGGGAGCAUGUUUCGGCUAUGGUCAACAAGGCCACUGCAUAAAGGACUGCCCGCAACGACAGCAAGUGAAGCAGUCACAACAACCACAGGCGAUGCAACAAAAAGAAGUUCCAUCGCAUGAUAAUCGUCCUCCAGCUCAAGGAAGGAUUUAUGCAAUUACUCAAGAGGAAGUGGAAAACUCCGAGAAUGUUAUUACGGAGACUUGA